CCUUGUUUCAGCAGCAAGUCCACGGAAGUAGAAUGGAUUAAACGACGACGCGCGUUCGAUUCGGUCUUCAGUGGCCAGCUGCAAGAGUUGUUACUCGUUUAAAUGAGGUUACUGACUAACGAAAAUGGAGGAGUGUGAGGAAAUGGAUGAAUAUGUGACAGUUGCUGUCCCUGGCAAAAGAAAACGUCGCUACGCAGACAAUUCCGCCCGUUCUAGGGCGAAAGAAAAUCGGUACAGUGGCGUUGACAAGAUUCCGCAAGUAGCGUGUACACACAACAACAGUGUUACGUGUCGGGCUGGCGCGCUGACAGAGGCAGACAUAACAUACAUUAACGCAAAGCUGUAUACCAGCCGUGACAAGGUAAAGCAAGAUGCGAUCCUGCUGUCUUACAUGUAUGUAAUGCCGUGUAAGCGGAGGCGGCGGAAAGUAAAAGCUGAGGAGAAACAAAGACAAAGAGAUUUGACCAUCAAAUACUUCGUCUUAAAAGAAGACACAACCAUAGUUCCCGUGUGCCAAGCUUCGUUCCUCAGCAUUUUCGGUGUCAAAAAAGAUAGAGUCCAAGGCGUUGCAAAGUACUGGCUCGAGAAUGGCAAAGCACGUCCUGAAAACCGUGGCGGCCAUAGGCAAAAAGAUGAGGAAGCUGCAAAGAGGCAGAAGGUUCGAAGCCACAUCCAGUCUUUUGCUUGCAAAGCAACCCGCUACGCCCGACGCGGCGCACCGGGGAGAAAGUUCCUUCCCGGUGACUUGAGCGUAGCCAAAAUGCACAGGAUAUUUCUUGAGCAAAAUCAUCAGGAAGUUUCGUACUCGCUCUACUGGAGCAUCUUCGUCUACGAAUUUAACCUGGGCUUCGGUCAUCCCGCUAAAGACGUGUGCUCUGCGUGCGUCAAAUCCCGCAUCGCGAUUAAAGACCCCGACCUGUCCGCCGAAGAAAAGCGGGACAAGAUUCUGAUGUACACGGUACACUGUCGCCGUGCGCGUCAGUUUUUCGACACGCUACAUGAUGUGGGCGAUACUUACACAGUUUGCUUUGACAUAAUGGAGAACCUAGUCCUUCCAAAGUCUGCGGUUGGCCAUGCGUAUAAUUCCCAUCAUCUAUACAUGUAUGUGUUGGCCAUAGUUCGUCACCGUGGGAGAGGUGAACCCCAGAGAAGGCACGAGAUCAGUCUUUACACCUGGCUUGAAUAUCAGAACUCCAAGGACAGUAACAUGAUCGCUUCAGCUUUACAGCACUUUCUCACCUCAGUCGCUAGAGCUGAUUUACAUCAAUGUCAGAGUCUCCGCUUGUUCUCAGAUUCCUGCUACGUCCAGAACAAGAACAUAAACGUUCUGUCCAUGCUGUUUGCGCUGCGUAGCCAACUGUUCCCUCAGCUCAACAUCACCUACUUCUUUCCAAUUCGAGGACACAGUUUUCUUCCGGCAGACCGAGUGUUUGAAAGGAUCGAGCAAGACAUUGAGAAAAAGGCAACCGUUUUGAUGCCAGAGGAGUACUGUGAAAUUUUAAGGCAGCACGGCACCGUUCAUGAAUAUGGAAAAGAUUGGCAGUGCUACGACUUUAAAGAAGAAGCAGGCAGGUUCACAAAGAGUCUGAGAUUGGUGAAAAUAAGCGAUGCAAGAGUACUACAGAUCUCUGGAGAUAAGCUGGGGUUCAAGCCUUCGUUUGCUGGAGAGUUUUCCCAGCACUCUGUGCUGAAACGGUGGAAGAAGUGGUCUCAGUUCAAUCCACCUCUACUUCCAAAUGUGAACUGCGUUAAAGAAGAGAAGAAAACUGAUGUCAUGAAGAUCCUGGGUGAGAUGGGAGUUGAAAAAUCUGUGCUAGAUUUUUAUGAAAACAUCCUGUCGAAUGCUGGUGAUAAGGACAUUUCACAGGACCUUGACGAUAGCGAUGAUGAAUAAAAGUGACUGCAUCUAACAUUCUCCUUUGCAUGCGUAAAAGAGUUAAUGUGCAUCUUAUGGGAGCGGUUUCCCGGACAGGGUUUAUCUUAAAAUGCAUGUUUGAGCUGCCUUCAUUUAAAAACAUUUUGCAUUGACACAUCUUAACAUAUAUCAGUGCCAUUAUUUUGUCCCAAGAUGCACACAAUAAUUUUUUUGUGAGAUAUGUUUGUAAAAACGUCUCAAAUAUAACGUCCUAAUAUAACUAAGGCCUAGGCCUGGAUUCAUCUUCUAGACCCUGUCUGGGACACUGACCCAUUGUAUUUUAAAUACAUAUUAUUAUAUGUAGUUUUGCCAAGGGUACGGUGUAGGUAUUGUGUCGAGUCUUCUGUUUGUCUAUAGUUUGUUGAUGUCAUAGUUACAAUGUGUGAAUUAUUUUUGAGACUUUUUACCUUUAUUCAGAAAGGACAGUGAAGAGUGACUGGAGAGAGUUAGGGUGGGAUUGGGAAAUGACCGUGGAUCACGUUCAAAUUUGGGUCUCUUGUGAGUACUUGGACCUGAAUAAAAGCUCUGUCUGGCAGUUACAUGGAUCACAGCGCCCCCUAAUGAGUGAUACAGUUUCUUCAUUUUUACAUUUCGAAUUCUGAAUUUCGUCAUUUGCAAUGUUCUAGUUGCAUCUUUAGUAAUUUUGCAAGUGUAAUUUUAUUAUGUCUUCUCCAAAGAAGUGUUUUUUUGGCAAAAAAUAGUAAAACAUAUUGCAUUACAUGCACUUAGAGCAGGGGUGGGCAUUCCUGGUCCUGGAGGGCCACUGUCCUGCAAAGUUUAGCUCCAACCCUUAUCAAACACACCUGAAUGCCAUUUCAAAGUAAUCAAGCUGCCUUUGAUUAGAUUUUCCGGGUGUGUUUGAUAAGGGUUGGAGCUAAACUUUGCAGGACAGUGGACCACUAGGACCAUGAAGGCCCACCCCUGAAUGCCCAUCCUGGUCUUGCAUUGAGUCAAAUUUGUUAAACACUGAAAUAAGUAAUGUGACAUUUGCAUUUCAAAUACUUACUAAUAACCUUUUUAUUGCCAUUAAAGGGAAAUUACUGAAACUAGACAUACGAGCCUGAUAAAAAAUGCUAAUUUAUAAGACAUGUCAGACACACUUAAAGCAAAAAGUUUGAAUGACAAGAAUGCCAAGGUUAUUUUAAAUAAGUACCUUAAAAAUGAAAUGUCGGGUAAUUCACUAUGAGACCAUCUUUCUUAGAGGAUAAAUAUGCCAAGGAUUUCAGUAACCCAUAGCAACUGCAUUGGCUGUAGGGGGAGGAGCUAUAGUUUGUAUUGCAGUGCAGUGAUUGGCUGAAACCGGUGUCCUGAGGUUCUGUAGUGAAUGAUGACAUGGCUAUUAUCUAGGAUGUGUAAUGAUCCACAGGGACCGCUGUCAUAAUUGUGGUUCUUAAAAUUGCAUUAUUUUUUUUGUUAACUCAUUGCUGCGUUAGUCAUGCAUCCUUCUGCUAUUGGCUUCUGUAAUGAUUUGGAUGGAUUCUUUGUCCCUUUUGUUUGCCCAAACUGUAUUUUAUACUUUUUGCCCCCAAUCUUGCAGCCUGUAGAGAGAGUUUUCAAAGCAACUCUUUUAAGCGGGUUAGGGCAGGGUUUGUUAUGGUAACUAGGCUUUUGGAGCUAUUAUUGUCAAGCCUCUUUAGAUCGAACAAAAUGCUGUUGUGUCUGCAAUGGACGAUUUGGACUGUGACCGUGUACUCCAAAUGAAAUAUACCAAAACAAUAGCUUUUGCCUAUAAACAUACAUUGUGUCUGAAAUUGUGUAUUGUGACAGUACGUAAUGAUUUAGAUGAAGUGUCUACUUCUUCACCGUUGAAACCGUAAAGCAAUUCCAUGCAUAUGUCAAACCUCCAUGAAAAAAAAUUGUUUUUACCAAACAUUUUAACAAUACUGAUAUAUCGGAUGUAAGUGCGAGGUCUCUGUUGAAGUUUUUCAAAGCAUUUUUCCCCAUACUCACAGCUUUCAGAAUUAUCACAUCCAUAAUGGAGAAACGUCACAUCCAUAACCAAGAAAUGUCACAUCCGUAAUGUUUCUUCCUCAUAAAUGUGCACAUCAAAAUGAAAAUAAAAUAUUUUGUUCUUUAAAGAGC